AUGGGGUACGAAGAAGUGUCAAAGGCAUAUCGCGUUUACGACAUUGGAGCGGAUCAAGUGGUGAUAUCUCGCGAUGUCACAUUCGACGAAUCAACGUUUGGUUUCUCGCCGAUGCUACUACAAGAAAUUGUUGAUGACACUGCGCUGGAUAUCGAAUCGAUGAACAUCAGCGACGAGCCUCACCCUAUGCAGUUCAAGAAAAUUGGAAAGCGCAAAAGCCGUUCAAACAGCCAAGAACAAGCCCUACAACGGACACUUCCUGAGCGUCGUGGAACCGGGUUCGAAGAAGCAAGUGCACCGGAUGAAUUUGAAACGCACCAAGCGAAGCGACGGUCAAGCGCUCGAGCCAAUCUGGACGAAGAGCGAAAGAGCAGUGACGAAGAUAACGAGGAUGCUACACCUCAAGUCUUUUGGCGAGCGAGUGCCAAUGCAGUCGAAGGUACUGAUUUGUCUGAGCCGACAACGUUUGUAUUGAGGGUUACCGGUACAAUCCGAACCUAG